CUAUCAGAGGAGGUAAUAUAUACAUGCAACUGUAUUAAUUUCCAGUUUGAACGAGAAGUUCGUAUUUCUAGUUCACCAUCUUUAGCACCCAUCUAUCUUCAGAAAACAAAAACAAAAACAAAUCUUAGCACCCAUCUAUAUCUAUCGAAAAUUGAGUAAGUUCGGCAUUUUAGAAGAGGUUGGGUGAUUACAUUUUCUUUCUCUUUUUACAUUAUGUGCAGUUGGUGUAAUUACUAAUUACACCAAAGGUCCGACGCAACUUUUUUACAACUCCAAGUCUUAUACGCAACAGGUCAAAAGAAAAGUCUUAUACGCAACUUGCUCGGUUUAGAAAUCAUAAUUUCUCAGUCAUAUAGAAACAGCAUACCAGGUAUUCACACACUCACACGCAGACGCACACAUAUUUAUUGUAGUAUUUGCCUGGACCUCAUUACUAAGGUGUUAAGGUGGGAUCUCAGUGAGAUUUUAUUUAUAGCGUAUUUUACCACUUCUAGUUUAAAUUUUAGUAUCAAAAUUUGCACUAAAAAAGCAAAAUGCAUUACAAGUGAAAUUUCGAUGGGAUCUCACUUAACACCCUACUCAUUACAACCGGAACUUUAGUGCAUUUUCAGGAGGAUUCUAUCUGAUAUUUAUGUGUUCCAAUGCUCUUCAGUUUUCGCUUAGAUAUUGUAGGGGGAGAAGCACACAUUAAGUUUUAUCUGUUUUUUGGGGAAAGAUCCAAAUCUAUUCACAAGAAGUAUAGAACACCUCAAACAUAAUAAAAAUUACAUUGAUAUAAUUGGCCCAUCUAAAGACCACUAGUGCCGCUAGAGUGAGCCGGUCAGCGCGGCACUGUCGCCGCUCCCUUACCGAAGCCCGCCUGACGUUGUUGAUGAUAAUCAGAAAGUCUUUGUGCACGUGUCCCAGAGCCAAGUCGUCGCCAUUGAACCCUUUAAUUGACCCGAAUUUUAUGACACCAAACCUAUAACACACGUAGAUUAGACGAGAUCCACCUCUCCAGAGAAGAGGUGACCAGAUGAAUCCCUGGCCUUCUCAACGUCACCAAGAGAUCGCUGCCGACAAGGUGGACGAGGAGGCGGGUAUAGCUUAUUCUUGUCACAUGCAACACCAUCAUAGCCAUCAUAACGACGAUACCGAUUGUAUCAACCUUAGCUACACAUUGGAAGCCAAGAACCACGUGUGCUCACAAAAGAAAGUAGUAGCGUACUGAGAUCAAAUAAAGGACAGCGUGACAUCGCAACGCCAAAUCUCAAUCAAGCGACUAGGUCGUUGGCAAGCCAUAUCACCUGGUGCCUGGUACCAUCGCAUACCAACUGCAGGUUACUUUAAUAAUAAUAACGAUUUGGCCGAUCAUUGACUAACGGAUAUCCACCCCACGACGGGUUGCGUCUUCUACCACUCCUCUCGAUUUCACGACUAUUAUGAGAAAAUAAACAGCCGCGAAGAACAACCGAGGAAGAAUAUCAACUCCCGACCACAAAAAGUGGCAUGGGCCUGAUAGCAGCCUGUGUCCCGCUCACAAAUUGCGACCCCAGCUCUCUAGCAGACACAGGCCACGGACCUCUAUAUAGUACUACGGCGUCACUUGCGGAAGCCAACGACGACAUCAAUUUGCAGCUUGUAUCUCAGGCAUGGAGAAAAGCAGGGUUCUUGUAGUUGGUGGCACUGGCUACAUCGGAAGAAGGAUUGUGAAGGCGAGCUUAGCUCAGGGCCACGAGACCUUCGUCCUGAUGAGGCCGGAGAUCGGCCUCGACAUCGACAAGCUCCUUAUGCUGCUGGUGUUCAAGGCGCAAGGAGCACGUCUCGUCGAGGCGUCGCUUGACGACCACCACGCCCUCGUCGCCGCCGUGAAGCAGGUGGACGUGGUGGUGUCGGCCAUGUCCGGGGUGCACUUCCGUAGCCACAACCUCAUGCUGCAGCUCAAGCUGGUGGAGGCCAUCAAAGAAGCUGGAAAUGUCAAGAAAGGUCCAGAACGAAAAGCAAAAGAAGAACUGAGUCCUGCUGAACCCCAACGAGGAAGACGAAGAUCAGAACGUCACGCCGGCGCGCCGCCGCACCACCUCCCCUACGCCUUGGAUCGGGAGUCUCCCCUGCACGGACGGGAAGUCGACGCCACUCGGCUCCGAAGAGCCUCCGCCCUGCAACGCCAUCGUCGUCGCCAUGCUUCAACGCAUCAGCACCUUCAAAAACUUCAACGGACGGAGCCGCCACCCCGCGGUCUCCGGAAGGGGAAAGCCAAGCUCCACUUCUCCGAAGAGCAGCAAGCCUGGAAAGGACGGCGGAUCCGCGGCGGAGCUCCACCGGAGCCGCACCGACAGAAGAGAAGCCCGCCGACGCCAAAAGCCACUCCGGCCACGCCAUCUUCUCCACGACGCCGCCGGCUAGCCACACACGCACCCCAAGACUAUAUACACGCCGAGAUCCGUGGAUUCCCCAUCCUCCCGCCGCCGGAGCGGCCGCCGGAGGGCGAGGAAUCCGACGAAUCGCCGGCGGCGAGCUGGUCUGCGCGCGGUCGCCCAAAAAUCGCCCUCUCUGUUACUGUAGGUGGGGAAAGCGGUUAGAAAUCAUAAUUUCUCAGUCAUAUAGAAACAGCAAACCAGGUAUUACGACACACACGCACAUGCAAACGCAUAUUGUAGUA